ACGCGCAGAUGGCGCUUCCCGUAUAAACUCUUUUCAACUGACGUGUACUGCCGGCGACGCGUUGAACAGAGUUGUGGACACGGCACUUCACAACUUAAAAUAUUGUAGAAGAAGGCUGUGCACUUCCUAAAUUAAAUAUGUUGGGAAUGCUAGACGACCUCAAACGUAUGAAUAAACGGCAGUUGUUGUAUCAGGUGCUAAAUUUUGGCAUGAUUGUAUCAUCUGCUCUCAUGAUUUGGAAAGGCCUCAUGGUUGUCACGGGAAGUGGGAGCCCAAUUGUCGUCGUGCUCAGUGGAAGUAUGGAGCCAGCUUUUCACCGAGGAGAUCUUCUCUUCUUAACAAACUAUCGUGAGGAUCCCAUCAGAGUCGGAGACAUUGUUGUAUUUAAAGUGGAAGGUCGGGACAUUCCUAUUGUUCACAGAGUACUCAAGCUUCAUGAAAAGGAAGACAGCAGCGUGAAGAUUUUAACGAAAGGUGACAACAACUCUGUUGACGACAGGGGUCUCUACGCACCAGGCCAACUUUGGUUGGACAAAAAAGACAUUGUUGGGAGGGCACGAGGGUUUGUUCCAUAUGUAGGCAUCGUCACCAUUUUGAUGAAUGAUUACCCAAAGUUUAAGUAUUUGGUGCUCGGAUGUCUUGGACUGUUUGUGCUAGUGCACAGGGAAUAAAGCUCUCCAGCUGGCACAACAGUGACGAAUGAAUUGUAUUCAUCACCACUGUCCAAAGAGGCAUCCAGAAUUACACCCUCACACACGUGUGGAAUUGUGGAGCCGCAUCAUCGCACGUACGGUGGGGGCGAAGAGAUGUUCAUUAUGUCAUCUUUUUGUAUAAAACACUUUCAGUAUGCAAAAUGGUUAAUUAAAGCUCUCCAUUUAUUUUC